AUGGAUCAGGCCAGAGGAGAGUUCGGUCUCGACCGACAUCCCAUACUCAGACCCCGCUCGGGUGUUGAAAGAGACGAAGACACCGUGGCUGGCUAUGGGACUGCUCACUCCUGGGGAGGUCAUAUUGUGAGUGGGCAGGGAUACGACUGGGCCUGCUCCCUUGGGCAACAGCAGGUUACUGUGACUAGCGAAAAGCAGAGUGACAGUUGCCAAUUUGGGUUCGCUUCGCACUCUGCUGCAGCAUCAGCACUAUUUGAAACUGGACUCGUCAAUCAUGCUGAAACUGCUGACGGAGGAACUCCAAUGUUUGUGCCGUUUGCCGUAUCGCAGGGGUAUAAUAGUGCGGUCAACAAUCCUGAAGCUUUCCAUCAUACCCAUACCUCCGGUCAGCGUCCUCUCAACUAUCGCCAGAUGAGUCACCAUAGGCAUAGACCUGGAACGGGUGAUAAGACUGAAAAUGCCGAAGAAUGCAUGGACGGCUCUUUCAAUUGCAUCUCGACCUAUACAGGACUCGGACUGGCUCCGUCGAAGCCAGUCAGAUGA